CAACAACCCCGUCUUCAAACCCCAAUGGCUGCUAGCGAGUCGUCCAGAUUCCUGACAAGAUCCCUGCCGAGGGCCUUUGCACCAUCCUCUCGCCUUCAGAGCGUUUGUUGGCGGCGCAAUGCCUCGGAUCAGGCGUCGUCGAAGCCCCCAAUUAGUGACCUUGAGCCGUCAAGCUCUCUAAGUGCCAGCGUACCGGAAGACAUUGUGAAGUCAUUUGAUCCAGUAGCGAGGUCAAGGGCGCGCAAAACACAGUUGCCUCGGAGCCGUUAUCAGUUCCGUUCACCUAAAUACGACCGUGGCCCUCUACACCCUCACAGACCUCCUCCACCAUCAGAUCCCUCCUCCCGACUCUUUGUUCCUGGCCCCUUUUCUCUUCCCAGAGUAACACAGACAUGGGAGUCGACCAUCGCUCCAGACAUUCUCACCCUCUGCUACGUGCACACCCCUCCCGGGUUCAAGCCUCCACCGAAAGGUUCUCGUCUCCGUGAGUGGGACGACAGCUCUCCUUACCACAAGAACCGACCGCUACGUGGACCUCGUGGCGGCGACGUCCUACGAUUGCUCCGCAAACCCGUCACUUUCAACAACAUUCCCCAGCUCGAGCGCAUCACCAUCCACAGCUACGUCAAGCAAGCUGCUACGGAGAACUCGUCCUGGCUCCAUGUCGCCGGUAUGGCCGUUCAGGCUAUUUCCAACGUCCGCGUUCAGACAUUUAAAUCAAAGUCCAGCGUUGCCACGUGGGGUAUUGCGCCUGGCAGAGACACCGUCGCAGUGAAGGCAGAACUGCACGGUGAGGAUAUGCUCCAUUUCUUCGGAAAGUUAGUCGAUGUUGUUCUACCUAGAAUCAAGGACUGGGAAGGUGUCAAGGGUACCAGCGGUGAUAGCAGCGGAAACAUCACGUUCGGUCUUGAGCCCGAGAACGUGGCUCUUUUCCCGGAAAUCGAGGUCAACUACGAUAUGUACCCACCAAAGAUGAUCCCCGGUGCUCAUAUCACGAUCCAUACAACUGCCAGAACCGACAAGGACGCCCGUCUUCUCCUCAGCGCCAUGGGUAUUCCCUUUUAUGGCAAGCUGGUUGAUUAGACGUCAAGUUUUAUCCGUCUGAUUACAUGUGUUUCGUCACCUGGGACAAACAUGCCAGACUUGAAGAACCAGGUGGCUUCUGAGCGAUAUGCUAGCUCAUCUUGUAUUUUAUGUUGACUGGCAAUCAUGGUGUAUUAUAGAAAUCAUGUGACAUUUCUACGUUUUCCUGGCGAGCUGAAAAAGUAUACUUCUGUGCAUGAACUUUAUUCUUCUCACGGCUGCGCCAUGUGGCAGACAGAGACUGCCUCCUCGUCGAGUACAUAAGUGCUUUGAUUAGGCGCAACAGAUGGUUCAAGCUUCUUCUCAUCUAGUACGC